CGUCAUUCUACAUCGGAAGAAGCAUCACCACCGCCCGCGCGAAGUUUACCGCCAAAAAAAAAGCCCAACUGCAGGAUUUCAUCCCAUCGCAACACAUCAUAGUCUCUAAGAAGCACUUUCUUUUUACCUAAUAACAACCACAACAACAACAGCCUCCCUCUUUCUCGACCCCUCUCCCACUCCUUCACACAGCACUACUUGAUGUACUCCCGCACCACCUUCUCCUCGCUGAGCAGAAGUUGCCGCUAUCUUCUCCGCACUCCGGGCCUCCCUCCGAAGUCGACUUUUUCCCUCUCUGCGCGCUCAUUCUCCGCCGUCCACGCAGCCAUGGCCGACGCGACCUCCGGUGUCACCGCUGACUUGCUGAAGAGCAAGCUCUUUGAUCAGCUCCAGGCGCAACACGUGGAGAUUGAAGAUCUGUCGGGUGGCUGUGGCCAGGCUUUCCAGGCGGUCAUUGUCUCUUCCCAGUUCGAUAAGAAAACCAUGCUCGCCCGUCACCGCUUGGUCAACUCGGUCCUCAAGGCCGAGAUCGCUGCUAUCCAUGCUUGGACACCCAAGUGCUACACCCCCGAGCAGUGGCAGGCUCUGCACCAGGGCUGAGAGGCCUUUGUCCUGUUUUGAGACUUUGGGUUGCAGCCGAGACUACGGGCAUCUUCGGCGAUGGAAGGUAUAUUCUGGGUAUCCAUCAACUCGUACAAGGGGUAGAAUCUUGUACACGGCUAUAAUCUGUGGGCGUUGGAGAGGGGUGUUCCAUGUGCGAGGCUUUGCACACUGCCGGCCAUGUCUAAAGUUCUGCUAUGGUUGCGAGAAGGAAUCUAUCAUGAAUAAAUAUUAUACGGUUAUUCGCAUGUAUAACAGAUUUCUAUAGUUACAGAAUAGAUUACCCGCGUCACGCCGUUCGGCUCGCU